GCCUGGGCCCAGCAGGCCGCCUCGCCUGGAGCAAGGUAGUCUGGCUGGAGGCAUCCGUUGCUGUGCGCGUCUGUCCGCCGUCUCCGGUCUUCCUCUUCGCGGCUCUACGGGUGGCUCCGGGGUCUCUGUCCGUCGCCACAGUCCCUGCGUCCCAGGACACACCCUCGCUCUCGGAUGGGUUUGAGUCCUCCUGGGGUCGGCGGAGCCCCAGUGGACCUGCCCCGCCUGACCAAAGCCCCGGGGCGGGAUGGGGAGUCGUAACCUCCGUACGUAGAGGUCUCCAUAGCCUUAACUCUACUUCUGCCGGGAAAAACAAAGGAGCUUGUUCCCCGCGCGCGCCUGCACGGGACUAAGCAGGUUUCAGUGUGUCGGAGAGUCUCGCGUGCCUGGACUUGAUGUUGGAGAAGACAUGAGAGUACUGCUGAGCUUCAUGAGGAAGCAUACGUGUGUAUGAACCCUGGGAAAGAAAAGCCAAUACCUAUUCCAAACUGGAAGGAUCUGCCUGCAUUCAUAUGAGAUCUAGAGGCCAUCUGAGCAACUCCUGACAGAGACUUUGAUCCUUCAAGAAGGGUACUUGUGAAUUUUUUUUGUAAGGUCCCUUUGUGAAAUCCAGACAUUUAAUGUUGAAACACCAUGCCAGACUGUGGAGGACUUAACGAAUGGGGUUGUGAUGGCUCAGGUGCUCCAAAAGAUGUAAGCAACUUGAAGAAAAUUUUAAAAGGGAUACUGGAUUAUAACCAUGAGAUUCUAGGGCAACAGAUUAACAACUUCACUCUUCCUGAUGUUAACCUGAUUGGAGAGCACUCUGAUGCUGCAGAGCUUGGGAGAAUGCUUCAGCUUAUCUUGGGAUGUGCUGUGAAUUGUGAACAGAAGCAAGAAUACAUACAGACCAUAAUGAUGAUGGAAGAAUCAGUUCAACAUGUUGUCAUGACAGCCAUUCAGGAGUUGAUGAUUAACGAGUCUCCAGUCUCUUUUGGAAAUGAUGCUUACAUUGACCUUGAACGUCAGUUGAAGAAAACUACAGAAGAAUUAAAUGAAGCCCUAGCAACAAAAGAAGAAAUUGCCCAGAGAUGUCAUGAAUUAGAUAUGCAGGUUGCAGCACUUCAAGAGGAGAAGAGCAUUUUACUUGCUGAGAACCAGAUUCUGAUGGAACGUUUGAAUCAAUCUGAUGCUAUCGAAGAUCCUAACAGCCCUGCAGGUCGUAGGCACUUGCAGCUGCAGACCCAAUUAGAGCACCUCCAAGAGGAAACAUUCAGGUUAGAAGCUGCCAAAGAUGACUAUCGCAUACGUUGUGAAGAACUAGAAAAGGAAAUUGCAGAAUUGAGACAACAGACUGAAGAGCUUAGUACAUUAGCAGAAGAGGCUCAGUCUUUGAAGGAUGAAAUAGAUGUACUCAGGCAUUCUUCUGAUAAAGUGGCCAGGUUAGAAAGCCAGGUAGAGUCAUACAAAAAGAAACUGGAAGACCUGGGUGAUUUGCGGCGGCAAGUGAAAUUAUUAGAAGAGAAGAAUACGGUGUACAUGCAAAACACUGUGAGCCUGGAGGAAGAACUAAGGAAAGCCAAUGCAGCACGUAGCCAGCUGGAGACAUACAAGAGACAGGCAGUGGAAUUACAAAACAGAUUAUCUGAAGAAUCCAAGAAAGCUGAUAAACUAGAUUAUGAAUGCAAAUGGUUGAAAGAAAAAGUAGACAGCCUCCAAAAAGAAAAAGAUAGGUUAAGAGCAGAAAGAGAUUCCUUAAAAGAAACUAUUGAAGAGCUCCGUUGUGUACAAGCACAGGAGGGUCAACUCACCACUACAGCACUGAUGCCCCUGGGAAGCCAUGAACCUUCAGAUAGUCUAGCAAUGGAAAUUGUUACUCCUGAAAUCAAGGAGAAACUCAUUCGCCUUCAGCAUGAGAACAAGAUGCUAAAGCUGAACCAGGAAGGUUCUGACAAUGAAAAGAUCACCUUGUUGCAGAGCUUGCUUGAUGGUACAAAUUUACGGAAGAAUGAAUUGGAGACAGAGAACAGGCUGGUAAAUCAGAGACUGCUAGAAGUACAGUCCCAGGUUCAAGAACUACAGAAGUCUUUGCAGGAGCAAGGUUCAAAAGCUGAAGAUGUAAGUAGAAAUUCGCUGCUUCUGCAAAAGAAACUUGAAGAACAUCUUGAGAAGCUCCAUGAAGCUAACAAUGAGCUACAGAAGAAACGAGCUAUUAUUGAGGAUUUGGAACCAAGAUGUAAUAAAAGUUCACUCAAAAUUGAAGAAUUACAAGAAGCUUUGCGGAAAAAAGAUGAAGAAAUGAAGCAAAUGGAAGAACGAUACAAAAAGUAUUUGGAAAAGGCCAAAAGUGUUAUCCGCACCUUAGAUCCUAAACAAAACCAGGGUGCAGCUCCUGAGAUUCAGGCACUGAAAAAUCAGUUGCAGGAACGUGACAGAAUGUUCCAUUCAUUAGAGAAAGAAUAUGAAAAAACAAAGAGUCAAAGAGAAAUGGAAGAGAAGUUUAUUGUUAGUGCCUGGUAUAAUAUGGGAAUGACUCUGCAUAAAAAAGCAGCAGAAGACAGACUGGCUAGUACAGGCUCAGGACAGUCCUUCCUAGCUAGGCAAAGGCAAGCCACAAGCACAAGGAGAUCUUACCCUGGUUAUGUCCAGCCAGCAACAGCAAGGUAAAGAAGCCUUGCCUUUAGAAAGAAAAUUGCCUUGUGAUCCAGGCCACUUCUGUUGCACAUGACAUUUCUGGAAACUCAACCAGUAUCCUAUCUCUUUGUCCCUUGUAACCACUGUUAUUUCUCAGUUCAAAAAGGGGUUUUAUCAUGGUUUCUCAUUGUUCUAAUGUAUUUUGUUCAUGUUUUUUGGAGUCUCUGUCACUUGCUCUCUGCCUUUUUGAUUGUGCAAAAGUUUUGAAAAAAAAACUAGAAAAAUGUUGUAUAAUAAUGGAAUCUUUAAAAUUUCUAUGAAGCCUUAUAUCUCAUAUGAAAAGCCUGACAUAGGCUGUAUAGCAAACAAAUUUGUCACAGUUGAUAUAUUUGUGUCUACAUGUAUUAUUAUCCUAUGUUAUUGUGAAAUGUAUUUCCAGCCAAAAAACUUAAUAUUGGCAAUGAGAUUAGCCUAGCCUCAUCCUUUGCUAUCUCUUUUAGGAUGUUUAUAAGUUAGAAAAAGCAGAAAGCAAACAACCCCCCCCCAACAAAACCCUAAAACAAACAAACAAAAAAAAACCCUAACCCCCCCACCCAUCUUCGCCUACAUACAGAGGUUGCUCCUAUUCUUGAUGCUUGGCAUUUAGUAAGGAAGUGGAAUUUUUGCAGGCUUUCUUUUAUUCUUCCCUAAAAAUGGUUCCUAUCUGCUUUUGUUUAUCAGCUGCUGUUAUGUUUGCUGACAGGUGAAUGUUUUCAAAUGGUUUGUUCCACUCAUGUUGAAGUUUGCAUAUGUGUGUGUGUAUGAACAUAUAAAUAAAUAAAUAUAUAAGAAAAUUCAAAAAUAUUCAAAAUGCUUUAAUAUGCUAUAGCAUCAUUCAUUUAAAAGAAGGCAUUUAUUUUAAACAUUUUGUAAUUAUGGACUAACAGUACAUAAUGGAUCAAUCCAUCAAGGUCCAAAUAUGUAGUGUGGAGGUUAAUAUAGUCAAAUUGUUAUCCCCUACUAAAAGAUCUAUUUUUAACAUAUUAAUUCAGAGGAUGAUUAUAUCAGUUGCCUGGUACUAGCAAUGGUACUAGCUUCUUGAGGCAAGUUUCUUUGUUGCUAGCUGUGGAAAAUUGACUGUUGUUUAUUGUACUAACUUAAAUGUGUAACUGUCUAAUAAUGUCUCACCCUUGUAGCACCUUUUUGUUGGUCAGUGGAAUGGAUGAGGGUGCCUAUUAUUAAUUUAGGCCCUGGUCCUAUAAGUUCUGAGCAUCCCCUGAAUAAUUCUUAAGUCCCCCUAUCAUUUAUUUCAAGUAAUUGAUGGUGCUGGACACAAAGCACAUCUGAUCAUUGGUUGUAAUACAUUUGCUCUGUUCAGGGGAGAGUUUCAUACGCAUGCAUUUUGUGGCAAUUUCAUCUUAAAGAACUUUUUAUUUAAUCUGUUUUGCUCCUAAAUAUGCAUAGUCUAGUUUAUAAAUUUAUCUUUUUUACAUUAUUUUAAUACUUUCUCCAGUGAAAGCUCUUACUUCUUUUGAUAUAUCCCUUCAGAUAAAACACACAGUAGCUUUUACUUUAACCAUCCCACGAUAUAUUUUAAUCUACACAUACCAUGGAAAAGGCAAAGGAUCAUUUAAAACCAGCAUGCUUGAAUUAAAGGAUAGGUAUAGAUGAGUGGCAUUUAUAGAAACUGUUUUAAAGCAUCAGCUGUUUGUAUAAAAUCCAGGCUAAAAACCUGCAUUCAAUAUGUGUUUGAAUAACUUUUACCCUUUUUCAUUUGCUUUUUUUUUCCAGCAAUGCAAACAACAUCUUCUGAAGUCUAAUCACUGAUGUAUAUGUUUGUCUACCACAACUGAUCUUUGUGCAAAGGAGCAAAUAUAAUCAUUUUUCUGAGUGAAUUUAACAUUCUUGAUUGACAACAUAGCAUUUAUAUAUCAUCCAAAGGAAAAAAAAACCCAAGAAUAUUUAAAACUAUCUUUUUACUUUUGGCUGGCUGGCUCUUCUUAUCUGUUACCAAACUGCCAAAAUCGAUUUGUGAAAGAAAGGGAUACCAAGACUUUAAUAGGAGGUUUUUAUCUCCUUGAUUUGUCUACUAAUUCAGUUUACUAUUGCUAUUAAUUUGAUGUGUGUCUAAAGGAAACUCAAAUACAGUCUCCACACUAGAAUAAAACCACUUGCUCUUCUUAUUUUAUAAUUUGUGUUACCAUUUUGCUAAGGCUUCAGUCACAAAGGCUCUUAUGCAAGUUAUACACUGAACAAAUAUUCAUUAGAAACCUUCCUUCUGGCUUUUACUUUUCUGUCUCUUGGGUCUCUGUUCUUUUGUCUUGUUUUGAGGAGUUUUACCCUCCUCCUUUUCCCACAAGAUUAGCUACUAUAGUGUUUUCCUGGGUUCUCUCCAAGAAAAAAAAUCCUAUUCAGCUUUGUGAUACUGUAUAUGUAGAAGCAAAAAACAGUAAUAUUGAAUCUCUGCUUCACUGCUGCUGAUAAUAAUUGUCAGGUAAAACCAAAUAAAUAUUUUGUUCUCUGAGACCUUCCAAAUUUGUAGAAAUUCUGUAUUCCCCAGAAUUUGUGUUACAUUUAAACCUCUAAAAGUAUGUAGGAUCUUUUAGAAAAUUCUCUAAAUACAGUCUGGUUAGUUCCAGGAGGUCAUUUAUUUUAUGUUUUAAUAGUAACCUAUAGGAUUUCAUUCUUUGUUCUUAAGCAUUCACUCUUAAUAUUUGUUGCACACAUCAGUUACUGUGUGUGGAUGGUUCUCUUCAAUGCAGGCGGUGAGCAUCAGUGAACCUUCCCUGUAACAUUUCUUUAUUGGAAGGAUUCAACUUCAUUACUUUUCUGUUAAGGAAUCUUGCUAGUUAUGUAGCUUUGGAAAUAAUUUUGGUAUUAGAAACAGAGUUCAGAGUGUGACUUCAAGGAGUAACCAGCUGUAUGGUUUAACUACCAGUGAGUACUGUCUCUUUUUCAUAUCUUCAGUAAUAAAAGAAUAUAAGCAAAAAAGCUGAAAAACAGAUUUUCUCAAUACAAUAAAUACUUAUAAAUUU